AUGAGCGGUAGCGCCCUGUCUUCCAACUGGAAGCAGUUGCAAGCCAAGCUCAAGGCGGACCAAGCAUCCUCGACCCCGGGCUCGACGCCUGAUUCUGCUGCAGCACCCGCAUGUGCUGCGGCGGGAAAACGUAAGCGUGACCAUAACGCUGCCGUCGAAUGGGGCAGCCGAGGCGGCGGCAGGAAAGAGAAGUGGGUCAAGCGUGAUGGUGCAGAGAUCGUUCACGGCAAGAGCGCACGACAUACCAGCCAAAGCAACCACAACAGCAAGCCGGGCUCCAGACAGAAGAGCAAGCACGUCAAGAUGAACGGCCAUGCAACAACUCCCACAGCCACGAAUGGCACCACCACGACGGCCACAAGCCAACCCUCGAAGUCCGACUCCCUACACACGACCAAGCUCAACGCAGGCCUCACCUCCUCCCUCCCACUCGGAAAAUACAUCGCCCUCGACUGCGAAAUGGUCGGCACCUCCCACCCUGCUCACCCCUCCAUCCUCGCCCGCGCCUCUCUCACGACAUACACCGGCGCCCAACUCUACGACUCCUACGUCCUCCCCCGCCCCACUGAUGCGCCCAUUACAGACUACCGCACCCCGAUCUCCGGCAUCACGCCCGCGUGCUUGCGCCCGGGCGUCGCGAGGCCGUUUGAGGAGGUCCUGUCCACCAUAAAGCAGAUUUUACGGGGGAGGGUGUUGGUAGGCCACGACCUGAAACACGACCUGCGGGUCCUUGACAAUUUAAAACAUCCGAAAGCGGAUACACGGGACACAGCGCUGUAUCGGAAAUUCCGCGACGAGGUGAGUGGAGGCGGGUGGCCGAGACUCAAGGAUCUGGCAGAGCGGUAUCUGGGGUUGGGGGAGGGGGAGUUCCAGGCGGCGAUCGAGGCCAUAGUAGUGUGGAAGAUGCGAGGAGGCCGGUUUGGUGCUGGUGUUAGCGGUACGUCGUCAGGAGGGAAGAUGGGGAAGGUGGCUGGGAACAGCAAUGCCUUUCUGGAUGACCGUGCUGAAGGUGAAGGAGUCGGGCGUCAAGGCUUGGACGACGAAGACGAUGAUGAGGAUGAGGGAGAUGAUCACGACGAGGAUGAAGACCAAGGCCAGAACGGCGUCGAUGGGCAUCAUACAUCAAGCAAGCCUAAGAAGAGGAAGGGCAAGAAGAAAAAGAAGAAGCGAAAGUAG